AUGUCACCUUUUUUUCAAGAUAUGUUGGAUGGUGUAGCUGGCUUUGGGCCUGGUUAUAAAGGUCCUUCUUAUGACUCUUUGAGGGUUAACUUAUUAGCCGAUCUCAAAAGGGAGUGUCAAAUGGUCGUUGAUAGCUAUAGGUCUGCUUGGAAAGAAACUGGAUGUACUCUCAUGGCUGAUGGUUGGACAGAUCAAAGGCAAAGAACAUUGAUUAAUUUUUUGGUUUAUUGUUCGAAAGGGUUGUGCUUUGUGAAAUCUGUAGAUGCCUCAAGUAUGGUUAAAAAUGCUUCUAGCUUGUGUGACUUGUUUUCAGAGGUGAUUGAAUGGAUUGGACCUGAUAAUGUUGUCCAUGUAGUGACCGAUAAUGCUGCGAAUUAUGUUGCUGCUGGUAGGCUUAUUAAUAAGAAAUUUGAAAAUAUUCACUGGUCACCUAGUGCUGCUCAUUGCUUGAAUCUUAUUCUAAAAGAUAUAAGCAACAUGCCACAUAUUUCUAGCCUUGCAACACGUGCUUCGAAGAUUACCGUGUUUGUAUAUAAUCAUACAGUGCUCUUGUCCUGGCUAAGACAAAAAGAGGAUUGGAGGGAGAUUGUUCGUCCAGGUGCAACUCGUUUUGCCACUGUCUUCCUCACAUUGAUGAGUAUCUUUGAGCGCAAAUCGGAAUUACAACAAUUGGUUGUUGAUACACACUUUACCGGACACAAAUUAGGAAGGAGUGCCAAUGGGAGAGCUGUGAGUGCAAUUAUCCUAGACAAUAAAUUUUGGGAUGAUUGUUUUACUGUAUGCCAAAUUGUGAGUCCGUUGAUUAAAUUGCUGAGGUUGGUAGAUGCCGAUGAUAAACCAUCAUUGGGAAUUGUUUAUGAAGGUAUGCUGAGGUCAGAAAAUGGAAUCAAAGAAAUGUUCAAGCAUAGGAAGAGUGCAUAUCAACCUUACACAGAGAUUAUCAACUCAAGAUGGGACAAACAUUUGAAAAAAAAUCUUCACGCAGCAGCCUAUUUCUUGAAUCCUGAUUGCUUUUUUUCUGAAAAUUAUAGAGAAUCACCUGAUGUCAUGCGAGCUUUACUUGAUCUUGUUACAUUGCAUUGCAAGGUUAAUAAUUUAGAUUCAGUUGAGGCAAUGAAAGAAAUACACUUAUAUAGAGAUCGAAAGGAAAGCUUUGAUAGGCCUGAAGCUGUUCCAGCUGCAAAAAAACUUCAACCUGAUGAAUGGUGGAGGUUAUUUGGUAGUUCUGCUCCAUGUUUACAAAAAAUGGCAGUUCGCAUUCUUAGCCAAGCAUCUGCUUCUUCAGGGUGUGAAAGGAAUUGGAGUCUUUUUGAUCAAAUUCAUACAGCAAGAAGGAAUAGAUUGGAGCAUGAUAGGCUAAGUGAUAUUGUGUAUGUUACAUAUAAUUUGCGUCUUAAAUCCAGAAAAAAAAGAAAGCAAAAGUCACAAUAUGAUCCAAUCGAUAUUGAAACUAUUGAUAAGGUUGAUUUUUGGGUGACGGAAGAGGUUGUUGAAAAAGAGCCUGAUCUUCCAAGUAAUAUUGAAGACUUGCUUGAUGAGAUUGAUGCUGAUUUAGAUCAAGGUGGUGGUGGUGGUAGUACUAGUACAUUUUAUGCUGCACCACUUGCUUUUUCUGGUCCAAGUAGUGGAAAUGAAGGUGAUGAAAUCAAUGACGCAAAUCUGCAACAAAUUAUGGAGGAUUUUGAUGGUUGA